GCGUGGCGUAUAAAAGAAUGGAGUCGAGCUCCGGAGCACAGAGCGCACAGCGGAGCGCGCGGAGACGGGACACGCUGCGUGCGCUCCGUGUUGUGCGCGGGAUGCUCCAAGCGCACGUCAGAUAGCUUUCUCUGCAGUUGGCGCGCGUCUUCAGAUGUGAAAGGAUCGCUUUGGCAUGGAGCGCAACGGCACGACUCAAGCACCGGCGCCAGGUGAAUGCGAGCAGAUGCUGGAGAGGCUGGAGAGCGGCGCUGGGUUGGAGAACUGCACAGAUGGAUUGGUGGGAAACCUGUCUCUGCGCUGCUGGCUGCACCUUUUGACCAAAGAGUCGGGCACAGCACUGCAGGGGGAUGGCUCAAGCCUAGUGGUGCGCGUGAUGAUCGCUCUGGUUUACUCGGUGGUGUGUGCGCUUGGGCUGGUAGGCAACUCACUGGCACUCUACCUGCUGCACUCGCGCCACCGGCAGGAGCGUUCAUCCAUCAACUGUUUUGUCAUGGGCCUGGCGCUCACUGACCUGCAGUUCGUUCUGACGCUGCCCUUCUGGGCCAUAGACACGGCGCUGGACUUCCGCUGGCCCUUCGGCAAAGUCAUGUGCAAGAUCGUCAGUUCCGUCACCACCAUGAACAUGUACGCCAGCGUCUUCUUCCUGACCGCCAUGAGCGUGGCCAGGUACUACUCUGUUGCCUCCUCGCUGAAGAUGCGCAGCCAGAGGGCAGCAUUCACCGGGGCCAAGUGGAUCAGCCUGGGCAUCUGGGUGGUGUCAUUGCUGGCCACUUUGCCGCACGCCAUCUACUCCACCAUCGCCCAGGUGGCCACGGAUGAGGAACUUUGCCUGGUUCGCUUCCCAGAAUCGGGCAGCUGGGACCCACAGCUGCUCCUGGGUCUCUACCAGCUGCAGAAGGUUCUGUUAGGCUUCGUCAUCCCUCUGGUGGUGAUCACCUUGUGCUACCUCCUGCUGCUGAGAUUUGUGUUGAGCCGCAGGGUCAGGGGUGCAGUGAGCUCGGAGAGCGAACACGGCCGCCACAAGCGACGCUCCAAGGUCACCAAGUCAGUGGUGAUCGUGGUGCUCUCUUUCUUCCUCUGCUGGCUGCCCAACCAGGCGCUGACCCUUUGGGCUGUCCUCAUUAAGUUCGACCUUGUACCCUUUAGCAAGGCCUUCUACAAUGCCCAGGCCUACGCCUUUCCGCUGUCCGUCUGCUUAGCGCACACCAACAGCUGCCUGAACCCGGUGCUCUACUGCCUGAUCCGCCGUGAGUUCCGGGCCGGACUGAAGGAGCUGCUGCUCAGGGCCACGCCGUCCUACCGCAGCCUAGCCCAGCUGCUGCCCCGUAAGGCUAAGGUGGCUGAGGCACCACCUGUUCUGGUGCUGGUGCAGAUGGAUGUUUGAAAGAGCCUGUUUACACUUGCCAUUUCAUGUGUCUUGAAUGUGGACUAACACACAUUCCAUUUAUACCUGGACUGCUAGUUGUCUGGCAUUACAUGCAAAUCUGAGGAAUUCUCUUCUGGGAUGAUGCCGCAUAAUGCAUAACAGAACAGAAGAUUAGUUCAGUUAAUUUGUUUUUAUUUAAAGAAUUAAAGUAAGAUCCAGUUUUUAUUAUGCUUGACAAGAGCCACUUUGAUUAAUCAUUAAUGAAAUAUAUCUAUGUAUAUUACUGAUUUAAUUUAGCAUUGGUAGCUUAAAUAGAAAUUCCAAUUUUUUUUUUCAUCAAUUGGUGAAAGUAAAUCAGAAUGUUUUGAUGUGAAAUGCUGAAUUGUAGAGAAACUAAGCGAUGGAUGAUGUAAGGGUGAUGUAAGGAACCGGGACUCACAAUGUCUACAAUACAAAUAUGACUGUAUUAUUUUUAUUACUAUCCAUAAUGACCAAUGAGAUUUUAAAAGGAUGAGAAUAGGUAAAUAAUAUAAAAUAUUUGUGAAUCAAUAAAUAUAAUAAGCACAUUUCAUGGGGACCAUUUUGCCUCACAACUCCCUAAAUGUUCCUGUCCAGAAAAAUGUUUUAAACCAAAACCUUGUUUCACAACUGUUGUAAAGCAAGGUCUCAGGCAUCAUGGAAGCAUUCGUAACCACUGUGGUGCAGGUGGGAGCUUUUGGAGGCUUUAAAUGUCAGCUAAUAUCACCACUGAAAAAUUCAGAUUUUAAGUUUUCCUAGAGUGGCGCAUUUCACAUCAAACCACAGUGAAUGACUUUGGCUCAGCUGCAAACCACCUCAAAUGUCUGAGGUGACCAGAUAGCAAUCCAGUCCACCUCCAAUGUGUCUUGGUUGCUUUCACACUUGGCUUUUUCAUUAUCAGGAAGUCUAAAUAGGCUCAAAGUGACUUGUAAACCUGGAACCACACUACUUCAACCCAGCUCUUUGAAGCUGUUUCUUCCUCCCCUCCUUUUGACUGAUGGACAGGAGCAGGCAUCAGGAAUCCCUUGUGGAAGAUGCCCCAGUUUCUUUCCCUCUCUCUUUUCUGGUGUUUGUUUUAUGGGUUGUUACCUGGAUGCAAAGCCUCCGGUCCUGCUUUGGCAUGCAUAUCUGGUCAGCAGGCGUAUCUGGGGAUCACUGCAGUUCAGGACCAAUGCUUUUCACCUUUGCUUUGGUGCUGCAGAUUAGAAACCCUGUUUAAGGAUUCUGCCCAGGACAUCCUUCAAGGGAACAAUAAAUUAUCCAUUUGUGUCGUUCAACCUUUGAAGUCCAGCGCAAAAGUGCUGGCAGAGUGGAAGUGAGGUCUAUCCCCUCGAGCGCUUUACAACACCUAGCUGAUUCAUGAGGGAUGAAAAAGGACCAAAUUGCCUGUCAGAAGUGCAACAACAAAUGCUUAGUCAUUAAUCUGUUUCCAUGGAGAGAUACGCUUUGUGAAAUCACUGAAAUAUCUGAAUCUUUACAUAUUGCACUCUGGUUCCUUCGUUCAUUGUACGUAAGACAAAUGUUGUGUGUGAGAACUGAAUAUUUAUGAGAA